AGGCGCCUUGAUCCCCUCUUCGCAAUCUCAAUCGGUCUCGCCGCUGCUGCAACACGGAUUCAGCGCGAGGAGAGGGAAAAGGGGAGGGAUGUAAGGGAGAGUUGGGAGGUCUUAAGGAGGAGGUGGGGGAUCUUUUUGAAGGGGGAGGGGAAGUCGUAG